AUGACGGACUCCAAGUACUUCACCACCACCAAGAAAGGUGAGAUCUUCGAGCUCAAGGCAGAGCUGAACAGUGACAAGAAAGAAAAGAAGAAGGAAGCUGUGAAGAAGGUCAUUGCAUCAAUGACAGUGGGCAAAGAUGUCAGUGCUCUGUUCCCAGAUGUUGUGAAUUGUAUGCAGACGGACAACUUGGAACUGAAAAAGCUGGUCUACCUCUACCUGAUGAACUACGCUAAGAGUCAACCAGACAUGGCCAUCAUGGCUGUGAACACCUUUGUUAAGGACUGUGAAGACCCCAACCCUCUGAUCCGAGCCCUUGCUGUUCGUACAAUGGGCUGCAUCCGGGUAGACAAGAUCACCGAGUAUCUCUGUGAGCCGCUGAGGAAAUGUCUGAAGGACGAAGACCCAUAUGUUAGAAAGACAGCUGCAGUGUGUGUAGCAAAGCUCCAUGACAUCAACGCUCAACUGGUGGAGGACCAAGGCUUUCUGGACACUCUUAAAGACCUCAUCUCUGACUCUAACCCUAUGGUUGUAGCAAAUGCAGUGGCUGCACUGUCGGAGAUCGCAGAGUCCCACCCCAACAGCAACCUAAUGGACCUGAACCCUCAGACCAUGAACAAGUUGCUGACAGCCCUGAAUGAGUGCACAGAGUGGGGCCAGAUAUUUAUCCUUGACUGCCUGGCCAACUACACACCUCGUGAUGAUCGUGAAUCCCAAAGCAUCUGUGAGCGUGUAACUCCCAGACUCUCACAUGCCAACUCUGCAGUGGUGCUGUCAGCAGUGAAGGUAUUAAUGAAGUUCAUGGAAAUGCUGCCAAAAGACCUGGAUUACUACGGCACUCUCCUGAAGAAGUUAGCACCUCCCCUGGUCACCCUGCUCUCUGCUGAGCCUGAGCUCCAAUAUGUGGCUCUGAGAAACAUCAAUCUCAUUGUGCAGAGACGCCCUGAGAUUCUGAAACACGAGAUGAAGGUUUUCUAUGUUAAAUAUAACGAUCCAAUUUAUGUUAAACUGGAGAAGCUGGACAUAAUGAUUCGCCUUGCAUCUCAAGCCAACAUUGCUCAGGUUCUGGCUGAGCUGAAGGAAUACGCCACGGAGGUAGAUGUUGACUUUGUCCGUAAAGCGGUCAGAGCCAUUGGGCGCUGUGCCAUUAAAGUAGAGCAAUCAGCAGAACGUUGUGUCAGCACCCUGUUGGACCUCAUCCAGACCAAGGUCAAUUAUGUGGUGCAGGAGGCCAUCGUGGUCAUCAAGGACAUCUUCCGAAAAUAUCCCAACAAGUAUGAAAGUGUGAUUGCUACUCUGUGUGAAAACCUGGACUCCCUGGAUGAGCCGGAGGCACGUGCUGCCAUGAUCUGGAUCGUGGGAGAGUAUGCUGAGCGCAUUGACAAUGCAGAUGAGCUGCUGGAGAGCUUUCUGGAAGGUUUCCAUGAUGAAAGCACUCAGGUGCAGCUGCAGCUUCUGACAGCCAUCGUCAAGUUGUUCCUUAAGAAGCCAACAGAGACCCAGGAGUUAGUGCAGCAGGUGCUCAGCCUGGCCACACAGGAUUCUGAUAACCCAGACCUCAGGGACCGUGGCUACAUCUACUGGCGUCUGCUGUCCACAGACCCUGUGGCUGCCAAGGAGGUGGUUCUGGCUGAGAAGCCCCUGAUCUCUGAGGAGACGGAUCUGAUUGAGCCCACUCUGCUGGAGGAACUCAUCUGCCACAUCGGUACUCUAGCCUCUGUCUACCACAAACCUCCGAGUGCCUUUGAUUCUGAUAACCCAGACCUCAGGGACCGUGGCUACAUCUACUGGCGUCUGCUGUCCACAGACCCUGUGGCUGCCAAGGAGGUGGUUCUGGCUGAAAAGCCCCUGAUCUCUGAGGAGACGGAUCUGAUCGAGCCCACUCUGCUGGAGGAACUCAUCUGCCACAUCGGUACUCUAGCUUCGGUCUACCACAAGCCUCCGAGUGCCUUUGUGGAGGGCAACCAUGGGGUUCAGCACAAGGGGCUCCCAGGAUCUGCUGGAUCACACCUGUCCACACCCAAACAACCAGCAUCCAACAUCUCCACCAUGGGCAAGACCAAAGAGCUUUCUACGGACAUCAGGGACAAGAUUGUUGACCUGCACAAGGCUGGGAUGGGCUACAAGAGAAUCGGAAAGCAACUUGGAGAGAAAAUAUCAACUGUCGGUGCAGUAAUCAGGAAAUGGAAGAAGCACCACACCACAGCCAACCUCCCUCGAUCUGGGCCUCCACACAAGAUCCUGCCUCGUGGGGUGUCCCUGAUCAUGCGAACGGUGAGGAAUCAUCCCAAAACCACAAGGGGGGAACUGAUGAAUCAACUGAAGGCAGCUGGGACCACAGUUACAAAAGAAACAGUUGCCAAGGGGACGGAACACCUCCAUCGCAUUGAGGGGAGGAUGGACGGGGCCAUGUACUGUGGAAUUCUGGACCAACACUUCCUUCCCUCAGUGAGAGAGCUGAAGAUGGGUCAAGGAUGGGUGUUUCAGCACAACAACGACCCUAAGCACACCGCCAAAGCAACAAAAGAGUGGCUGAAGAAGAAGCACAUCAAGGUUCUGGAGUGGCCUAGCCAGUCUCCAAACCUGAAUCCAAUUGGAAAUCUUUGGAGGGAGCUAAAAAUUCGAGUUGCCAGAUGA